AUGGAAGAUCAGACGAUGUCUAAUUUAGAGAGAUCAAGGAUCGCCAGAGCAGAUCAAGGUACAUAUGAAACAGAGGUGAGCAUUGGCGGCAGAGAGGAUCUCGCGACAAUAACAGAAGAAUGCAGUAAAAACCCAGGACACACGACCUUUAAAUCUGUUGAAAAUCUGUCUCUACAAGACUUUCCUCAAGAAUACCAGGACCCCGAUGUGCUUGAGUGUGCCCUGCGACAAGCUUCGCUCACGGUAUGCCUGGUGGUCAAUUACACAAGCCCUAGUCGACCAGAAAAAUUUCCUGGAUCGGAUAACAAUUAUCCGUUUUAUAACAUGAGGGGUUCUAACGGAUCUCGAUUUGGUACGGGAUCCAUUUUGGCAAUCCACGAUAUUGAUCAGUACAGCAGCAAUUGUAAGUGUUACUGUAAAGAAUGUAUUGCGUCCGGAAAUCCCAAAACAGAGUGGGGAAAGAUAAUAGUUCUGACUGCGAAGCAUGUUGUUUUUAACGAUGAAGAAGGACAGCACACUGAGAUUGAACUGUUUUACGAUAGUGUGACACGUGAUCAGGUUUGUAAACUAAGUGGCACUGUUAAGUAUGAGCAAAUGGAUUAUGACUGGUGUAUGAUCUAUUGCCCAACACACGAUAUGACUUUGGUGAGGAAACUGCAAGACAAUUUACACCGUUAUGACGACUUGAAACGAAACCUUCAUACAAAAUACAUGCCACUAACACCGAAACUAGCCGUUGUUACGUCACACCCACAUGGGUGCCACAAACAGAUUACAGUUGGAACGUGGACUGAGAGAGAAGAACUUGGACCUAAACACACUCGUUAUACCUACACGGCAGACACAUGCCCAGGAUGCAGCGGGGCUAAAGUGUGGAUAUUGGCUGAGUAUGAGGAGUGUAUGCAUACCUGCCACAUGCAUAGUCAAGCCAUUACUGUUCACAGAAACAUGAGCGGAGUUGGGUGGUAUUAA